AUGCCUCCCCAGCCGUCGAGCUGCUGCCGCGCUGUCCGGCACCGCAUCACCACGCCCCGCGACAGCAUAUGGGUGUCGGACAGCCAGCUAGCAACCGCCUUUGAGCGCUUCUGCCGCAUCUCACAGAACUCGAGACGCUCCGUCAGCAAUGUGCCCGGGCCCCUGGAAUGCCGUCGACGUCUCGGCAAACGACGCAUCGCCGACCUCCAGUCCAUGCAGCUUCACCCCUCCUUGCCGCCGUGGGCGCUGCCGACAGCUCCGGACCUGAGCCAAUGGCGAUGGCAACCCCCGACAGACCUUUUCACCCGGCUGCAGGGGCAGAAUACAACCCAUGCAGAUUCGCUUCGGGUACCCGUCCUGGAGUGGCUUGUGGGCUCGCCACAGAAAGAGCAAGAGUCCCGAGACGUGCAAGCCGAGACGAUCAGCCCGGAGCCCGAACCCGUACAUCAGAAGGAUCCGCUCAUACUUCAGGAGGUGGAGGACCUGAGAACCCCAAUGGCCUCGAUGCCCUUCGUCAACAAGACUUUCAGGAAGUAUCACGCUGUCUGUGAGCACCUGGGCCGACGUAUCGCCUCGGCUUCCUUGACAGCAGAGGAGGUCCAGGCGAACUUCAUCGCGGUCUGUGAGAUGCUAGAUCGGCAAGAAAACGACUUGAUAAUGUCAGGCCGGGCCAGUGGCACUGAUCUCCGAAAGCGCGACUAUGCACCGAUAAUCAAUUAUGCGCCGCUCAUAGAAGCUGUUGUCAGAGGCAUUGCAUCAUGCAAGCUGCCCUUAGCCAGGGAGCUCCCUCUGCGCUUUCUACGUUUGAUGAUUAAUCGACUUGCGCGAACAUCACAGCGGAAGAUGCUGGAGUUAUUUCCUCAGCUAGUGGAUAUGGCCAGGCUGAAAGGGUCGAGGUCGAGGGUGCCCCUCGGGACGCACCGUCUACUUAAGAGGUUGUUCAGCCUUUGGGAAUCCGGUGUCCAACCUGUGCCCCAAGACUUUUUUGAAAGGACGAGUGGUUUCGUUGACCUCAGUCAACGAGCGGAAUCUUAUCUCCAAAGGGCACAUGCACUUGUCGAGGAUCGUGAGCUGGCUCAGGCUGUCGAGGCCAUGGAGCAAGCCAGCCUACUCAUUGACAAGUGCAGCCGCGUUCUGGAUGUUGCCCACGAGCUUUUAUACCCAACCCCUACCACUCGAGGGUCUGAUUCAGUGGCAAUGGCAUUGGGAUGUCUUGGGAGGGCACAUCUCGAAAAGGUUGUGAGAGGUGCUAUUCCAAGGAUCAAGAGCCGGCCUGCCUCUAUCGAAGCCGAUCCACAACAGUCGCGACAUUAUUGGCUAGCCUGCGUGUCACGCAUGGAAGGCAUUAGCGAAGCCGUAUUUCUGGACACAGUCUCGCAACUCUACGACUCUGCCGAGUUCAAGCAAAGCAUCUCCAACUAUGCCUUGUGUCAACUUGUCCUGGAGCGUUGGAAGUCUCUGGGAUUCACGAGAAAUUCAAUGGUAAUUCCGACCUUUGGCAUCUUGUUCACAGGACGUCAACAUGCUUGCCUUGGUGAGCUAGCCUUGACAGUCUACUCAGCGCGACGAACGCUCCCGAACCGAGCUCCAGUAUACAAGGUUAUGUGGGAUCUGGUCCAUCAUUUUGGGCGGACUAAUGACCUCAUUACCGGCCUCGAGGCCCUGCUCUCGCCGAAAACCAAGCUUCGGCGCGAGUUCCUGCACGAGCUUGCCCUGUCAAGCGGGGAUCUUGGUGCUGCUAUCAAGUUGCAUGAUCUGUACAAUACUGCGAGAGCACGAAAUGGCUUCCGGGAAUACUGGGUACCUUCAUUCUGGGAGAGUUACGCGGAGCAAGGGAAGAUGGACUCCCUGGCGACUACGCAAUUAGUUGAAAUUCUCGACCUCGGGAUCUACAAAACCACUCUUACUCGCGACCGGCGAGAUAUGCCCGGAGGUGGCUUGGGCCUCAACAACUGGCGCAUAGGCCCGGCCACGGUUGCUUUGUUAAACCGGCUGGCGGUACGUUGUGCGCUCGAGCCUGACCUGGCGCCUCGAGUGCGUCUACGCUACCUGGAAUACUGCAAGAGGAUGCUCGAAUAUCACGGCUAUAAACUGCCUCCCCAGAUUCACAAAGCCAUCCUCCAUGUCAUCACGAUGGACCUUUCCAUGGGCCAGCCAGGGAGGAUAGAGCGCUUCAGAUGGUUUCUGGGCACGGUGAAGAGAUAUUAUGGCGAGGGCUUUAUGAUGCAGUGCGGCCAGCUUUUGAACGGCUGGCGAGACGGGGUACUCUGGCAAGUCCGUCAAGAGAAGACCCAGAGACUUCGUUAG